UGGAAUUUGUUGCCACUUUCUCUCCAGCCACUUCUGUGCUCAACACGACUACGUGAAAAGAUGUGUUUUGCCCAAAAAUUUUUGACCUUCGUGGUCAAUGUUUUGGUUCUGCCCCUUCAUUUGAUCAAUGCAGUUGGUUUGUACCAAAUAUACAAACGCAUCUUUCCGUUUUGCUUGUACCGGAUUUCGAAAACUUACAACAAGAAAAUGCACGACAAGAAAAAGGAGCUGUUUCGCAGCGUCUCGGAGUUCAGCCAGUCUGGAAAACCGAUCACGAUUCUGGAAAUCGGGUGCGGAAGUGGCACAAAUUUUGAAUAUUAUCCGCCUGGCUGCAGGGCGAUCUGCACGGACCCGAACCCACACUUUAAGAAAUAUCUCACGAAAAGCAUGGCUCAGAAUGACCACCUAACAUAUGACAGCUUCGUGGUGUGUUCGGGGGAGGACAUGAGUUCAGUUGAGGACGGGUCGGUGGAUGUUGUUGUUUGCACGCUGGUGCUCUGCUCCGUCAACAAUAUUCCGCAAACCCUACGAGAGGUGCACCGUGUCCUGCGCCCCGGUGGAGGCUUUUUUUUCAUGGAGCAUGUGGCUGCAAACCCUUCGACUUGGUCACACUUCUUUCAGCAUGUCCUCCAGCCAGCAUGGUACUACUUUGGUGAUGGAUGUGAGGUCACCCGGGAAACAUGGAAAUACCUGGAAGCAGCUGGAUUCUCUGAUCUCAAACUGAGACACGUCGACGCACCGCUUGUCUUCGUAAUCAGACCGCACAUCGUAGGCUAUGCUGUGAAAUAGUUAUUUUCUUGUUAGCUAUGCAACAAACUUUCUUCACAACUAGUAAAAUGCUAAGGUUUGCCCUCUUCUCCUCCCCAGUAUAAUCAACAGUAAUGUAGCAGCUAUAGCUGUGAGUCAUUUUUAUUUUUGUAUAACAGAUGAGCCGUCUUUUGAAGUAGAUAUCUUUAGAAGCAGCGCAUAGUACUAAUUACACUGUGGAAUAUGCAUCUUGUUUCUGUAAUCCACUGGUUCUCAUUGCCCACCUGCUUGCUGGUAAAUUUACUUCACCUGGAGAACGGAGUAUCAGCAUUUACCAGUGUAUUCAGUCGUUACCUUUACUAUAUAAUACUUCACUUCUGUGAUUUCAACAUUGUGUCAAAUUGAUUAUGAAAACAUUUCAGCCAGCAGAAUUAAUUUUUCUAUGCAAUAAAAUGUGAAAAAGA